AUGGCCUUCCUCUGGAUCGUCUCCUGCCUUGCCUUCGUCAGCGCUGCCUACGGCUGCGGCGUCCCUGCCAUCCCUCCCCAGGUGACUGGCUACGCCCGUAUCGUCAACGGUGAGGAGGCUGUUCCUCACUCCUGGCCCUGGCAGGUGUCUCUGCAGCAAUCCAAUGGCUUCCACUUCUGUGGAGGAUCUCUGAUCAAUGAGAACUGGGUUGUGACUGCUGCCCACUGCAAUGUCAGGACCUACCACCGUGUGGUUGCUGGAGAGCACAACAAGGGCUAUGGCUCCAACGAGGUCGUCCAGGUCCUGAAGCCCGCCAAGGUGUUCACCCAUCCCAAAUGGAACCCCCGCACCAUCAACAACGACAUCAGCCUCAUCAAGCUGUCCACCCCCGCCCGCCUCGGCACCAACGUGUCCCCUGUCUGCCUUGCUGAGUCCUCCGAUGUCUUUGCUCCCGGCAUGACUUGUGUCACCUCUGGAUGGGGUCUGACCCGCUACAACGCUCCCAGCACUCCCAACCUGCUCCAGCAGGCCGCUCUGCCCCUGCUGUCCAACGAGCAGUGCAAGAGGCACUGGGGUAGCAACAUCUCUGACGUGAUGAUCUGCGCUGGUGGAGCUGGAGCCACCUCCUGCAUGGGAGACUCUGGCGGUCCUCUGGUCUGUGAGAAGGACAACGCCUGGACUCUGGUGGGUAUUGUGUCCUGGGGAAGCAGCCGUUGCUCCACUUCCACUCCUGCCGUCUACGCCCGUGUCACCGAGCUCCGUGGCUGGGUUGACCAGAUCCUUGCUGCCAACUAA